CUGCCGCCAGUCACCGCUGCUCACGCUGGGGGACGGACGUCGCCGCUCCUGCUGGGCCGCGAGUCUCGCCACUCUCGCCUCCGAUACUCCUGUCGCUCCCACCCCACCACAAAUACAGGAAAAUUUAAACAGCGUUAUAAGUCGCGGUGAAUGUCGGCGUUGUGUGUGAGACAAACGGGAUACACGCAGGACGUGCCCACCAACACCGCAACUUUGGCCAUGUAGCGGUGAAGUAAAUGGACAAAAUCAGGCCGCAGUGUGACAUAGAGAGAUUUAAAGUGUGUGUGUGAAGCGGUGAGCGCCACAGCAGCGUGCAGCAGCGUGCAGCAGCCAUGGAUCUGGGCGCUGUGCUCAACACGCUGCAACUGAGCGGCGAUGCUGCUGCCUCGGCCGCCACAUAUCAUCAGAUCCAUAUGUUGAAACUUCUGGCCAGACUGGCCUACGCUACGGGCAGGCGAGAUGAUGAUUGGGACAGCGACGGGGAGAAAUCGCCUAGUGACUUAAUGACGUCACCACAAUCUGACCAAUCGGCAGGCAGGGAAGGCGCAGCGUCACCACCCUCGGCCAGCCAGUCAGAGAGCAGCGUUGGGGAUGAGGCAGCAGCAGGCAGGGAGUCUUCGCGAGCCACAAGUCCAGUAGAUAAAGAUCUGAAGGAAGCCAUCGAUACCACAGUGCGAAGCUUGUCCGACAGGUUGAGUGUAUCUGGAGGAGACGGUGAAGAAGGGCGCACGACCCCCACACCUGGUACCUCUGUCAGCAGGUCCGUGCCCUCAUCUCCAUCGCACUUCACCCACAACCCCAAGACAAAACUGCAGGUGAAGUGUGAGCGAGGGUCCUCCUCCCCCAGCCCCCAACCCGGCCCUGUGACAGACACCGUAAUGAAGGAAGAGGCGUGCACGCCCUCUCCACCCACCCAGGCUCCCUCCACGCCCCGGGGUCACGCCUCUCCUGCCCUCUCCGCCGAGGUGGAGGCUGCCCGCCAGCAGCUCACCUCCAUGAUCCAGGGCUUGCCGCUUCUCUCCAUGCUUCCAGCACUCCAUCGUCUUGCUCCUGCAGUUGUGAGCCUGGCAUCAGGACUGAGCAGUAUUAACACAAGUACGACAAGCAGUGAGAGUGGGAGCAGUGGCGGCACGAUGUGUGUGUGUGGGAUUAGAUUCAGCAGUGCUACCAAUCUGGAGGCUCAUCGCAUGUUCUACUGCACUCACCGACCGAAUCAAGCUGAUUGUGAUGGUAUAAAUAAAGAGUUGAGAACAUCUCCUCCUGGCAUUAGCCCACGAAGUGAAGGUGGAGGAGUUGGAACUGAAGAUGAAGAUGGGGGAAGAAUGCUGCGAUGUCCACACUGUCCAUACACCACCACCCACAAAUUGAGCCUCAAUGGUCAUAUGAAUAUUCAUACUAGCCCAGAGGACCUUGCAAAGGCUAGCAGUAGUCCACAGACGGCAUCUUCCAACCCUCAGGUCACUUUAAGUGACACCCGAGCCACAGAUCGGUACUGCUCUGACUGUGACAUUCAGUUCUCAUCAGUCAAGACAUUCCGCGUUCACAAGGUACAUUACUGCCAGACUCGACACGUUCUUAAAGGUGGAAACAAGAGCCCAGCACGUGAAGAUCCAGGCACAAGUAGUGCAGCAAACACUUUAGCUGGAAUGGUCAGUGCAGCAGCAGGGAGUGGUCAGCCAAUUUUGGCUCUUCCCACCAAUCCCAUAUUGUUAGUGCCAUACUCACUGGUAGCAGGAGCACAGCUUCUGCCUCCUCAUGUGCUACCCCAGGCUGGAGCUGCAGUUGUUCUUCCCAAUGGUCAAGUGCAACCUUUAUCACCAGGUCCCUUAACUGGUCCUGCACCUCCCCCACUUCUAUCUCCAUCUGCUGCUGCUACUAGGGGUACAUCUCCUGCUGUUCAUAGUCUUCCACCACAAACUUCCCCACGAUCAAAUCAAAUUUCACCACCGAAACAUUCACCUAAAGAUGAACCAAGACUAAAGGCUAGUGGAGAGAUAUCAGGGAAGAGACGUGGGGAAGGCGAAUGUCCUCUAGACCUAACUACAAAACGGCCAAAGCUAACUGUCAAGACAGACCUAUUAAGUGAUGAAGAAAAAGAGAAUCGAGAAGUCAACACUCCAACUCCUACAAAGUCUCCAGUUCCUAGGUUACGUCUUGGGUCUUAUGGAGCUGGAGAGUUUGAAGGAAAGUUAUUGGCCUCACCACCUCGACCAUCACCAUCUAGUGAAACAGAGGGUCACUCCACUCCACGUUCUCCUCGCCCAGCAUCUGCAGCUCCUACUGUAGGUUCUCCAAGAGGUUUGGCAGAUUCUCCAAGACCUUCUACUUCUGCCCGUUCUCCUGGGCAACCGUCUCAGGUUCCAUCAGGGCUUCCCCAGCUACCCCCUGGUUUUCCAAGUCUUUUAGCAAGCUUAGAAAGCUUAAGUGGUCUAUCUCUUGCGAGUCUUCAGGGCUUACAGGGUGUUCCUCCAGAAUUAGCUCUAAAAAUACUCAAUUCUGAUUUGCUCAUGAAUGGUUUAGCACCCAUUCCAAAUCCACCAGUUAUUGUCAAACAAGGUGAAGCAAAGUGUAAUGAGUGCAAUAUUGUCUUUUAUAAAGAAGAAAAUUUACAAGUACAUAAGAAACAUUAUUGUGCAGCACGUACUGUAAGCAGAGGUGAUGAUGACCAUCGUGCGAGUGGUAGCAGGAGUCCUGCAGCUGCAGGUGAAAGUGCAGCUGGUUCUUCCAGACGCUCUCCCACAGCUCUGCCAGAAGGUGUAGCACCUUCUGCUGCCAAGGCUUCUGCUUCUGCUACAAAAGACACACCAAAACCAAAUAAACCUCUGUUACAGUUCAUUUGCACAGCUUGUGGCAUUAAAUUCACCUCGCCUGACAACUUAAAAGCGCAUCAAACUUACUAUUGCCCCAAAAGGGAGGGAGCAUCAGGAGAUGAAGGCAUAACGAAAGGACUGUGGCGUUGUCCCAGAUGCCGAUGUGCAAUGCCUGAAACCCUACAAGCAGCUCAUCAGUGUGUGACACCAUCUCCUGCUCCCUCACAUGGCUGGAAGUGUCCUUGUUGCCCUAUAAUUUCCCCCACUGCAGCAGCUGCUCAGAAACAUCUGGAAACCCAUGCUGGGAUUAAAGGAUUUCGCUGUACAAUUUGUGGUUACCGUGGAAAUACGCUACGGGGAAUGCGUACACACAUUAGAAUGCACUUUGAAAAAAGGACUAAUGACUUACAAGAAGAAAAUUUCAUAUCUUGCAUUCUUGACGAAGAUGAUGGAAGUCGCAGAGCAGCAGAGGCCCGAGGUGUAGCCGACCUGCCCAGAGUUAUUUUGGAGAACCCAACACUUUCUGCACUUUUGGCAGAGGGAGCUGCAGAUUGUUCUGAUCAGCCCCUCUCCUGCCAUUUCUGUCCCUUUGUGACACCUUUCCGCAACAAUUUGGCAAGACAUUUAGCUUUGGUACAUAAAGUUGGGUUUGAUGCUAAGCUCACUCAAGAUCUACAAGCACUUCUUGAAGGCCAUGUUGUGGAAUCUUCAGAGGCUUCAACUACUGGAGAAUCAGAAAGACGUGACCCUGUAGAGAAUGGGAAUCCCGUAAGCUCUCCUCCAUUACCAGCUGUUAAGUUGGAGCCUGAAGUUAAACUUGAAGUAGACGAAGGUGAUGAUAAAAUUAAUACAGCUCCAACCACUCCUCACUCCCCAACGGAUAAUGAAACUAUACCUGAAGUUACGAGCAGUGGAUCUACCAGCAACAAUGGUGCAGAAGUGCCACGCUAUUGUAAAACUUGUAACAUUACAUUUUCCUAUACAGAAUCAUUCUUAGCUCAUAAAAGAUUUUACUGCUCGAAGCCUGAAUCAAACACUCCACCAGAGACAGCUGUGCAGUGACCUCAGAGAUGCACUGUGCGGGCUCCAGGUACAUGGUGUCCAUCAGGCACAGUGGAUGCAUCGUAUUGCUUCCUAAUGCAUUAACUUAUUUGAGACAAGCCAAGCUUUAGUUGUACAUAGUGUUGGGCCAGGUGGUGACAUAAUGCCAUAUCAAAUGUACAUACAGAAGAUCAUCUGGUCACAGCAGUCUUACUAACCUGUGCUAGUUGGUAGAACUCAAAUGUGAAAUAUACCACAAAUAGAGAUUUUGAAUAACUAUUUAUAUAUAUACAGUAUAUAUAUGUUUUAUAGUCAAAUGACUGUUUACUGAGCAACUAGACUCUUGAUCGUUUCUUCUGCAUGAAUAAGUCCGGAGAAAGUGUUUUAAAGGCUUUUUAUGCAGUAAAAUAUCUCUGCUGUUCUCCGACAGUUGAAAGCAAUGUUUUAACUGCAAAUGCUCUGUUCUAAAAUUUGUGAAUAUAAUAGUGACACAUUAAUUAUGGGUGAUGGUUGAAGAUGGCAGAGCAAACCAAGUGUUUAGAGUGAAAUAAGUAUUUAAGCAAAGGUUAACAUGUGAUGAACCAAAACUUAUCUAUCAUACAGAGUGAAAAACCCUGUGAGUAACUGAUAAGAAUAAUGGUGAAGAUGUUGUCUAGUCGUCGUGUUAAUGCCAUCAGUGAAAUUUUCAACCGAUGCUCCUCCAAAACCAUUAGAUAUAAAUGCAAAGUUAAUGGAAACAGUGCAUGUACUGUACUUAUAAACUAACAUAGAAAUUUGGCAUUUAUCUUAGUAUCCUCAACAAUGUCAAGUUAAAAAAAGCUAAUUCGGUUUAUGGGUCUUUUACACACGUGCCCACUAUCCUAAAUGUUAAUACUGUUGCUAUGUUCUCCCUUCUCUUAUUCUUUGCUUAGUUGUGUACCAUGUUGACUUACUGUCUUUCUAAGUCAGACUUAGUGAAGGAUUACUUUUGUGCUGGACCAAAACAUACGAGUCCGUGUAUUACUCAUGUGACUGCGUGAUAGUUCCAUGUGGCAUGUAUACAAAACCCUCAUUGUCUUGUGUUUCAUGUAUGUGUGUGUAUGUAUGUGUACAUUUACUCAUUGGAUUUUGUUCCAUGUUAGGUUAAUCUAAUGGCAGGGAAAUUAAGAUGGAAAACACUCAAUUUCUAUGUGAUUCAGCCUCUGAAGAUUCCUUAAUAAAGUAUCCAAUACUCCAAUGCUCUGCUUCUCUGGGUAACUCAGUGGAAUUUUAUUUAACUUAUGAAUCUGGCUCCACUCCACUCAUCCACGAAUCUGGAUUUCUGCCUAAGAGUACAGUACUGUAUGUCAUUAUUAUCAUCUAUGCACAAUAUGUUGCCCAUGUAUUUCCUAUAUAAUGAGUUUCUCAUGUGCCAAAAGCAUUGUUUCCCUUGCCAUAAAUCACUGACUGUACAGUUACAUCCAUUGCAGACCCAUCAUCAUCUAGGCACUAGAAAUAUCUUUUAAAUCUGCUAAUAUUUAUUCACUUUGGUUGAUAUGUGCAUGAAUAACCAUGUAAUUGCAUUCAACAUUUUUUUAUGAGUAAUUAUGUCAUUUGGAUAAUGAGUUUGAAUGUGUUAUCCGAGUGAAUCAUAUUUUGUAAUAUAAACAAGAAUUUAAAAAUUCAACAUACAUUGGAUAUAUCUGAUAUUUCUUGUUAACCAUUGUAUGGUCAUAUAUGGUGGGUCUGUUUUAUGGAAAUUUAUCUCCUAAUCCAAUGUCUUGCCCUCCAUUCAUACUCUUAUUCCAUAUACUUUCCAAACCCAGCACCACACCCCACAUAUACAAAGGAAAGGCUACAAGAUACUGUGUGUGUCAUAACCCUGCUAAACAAAGUGCCAUGUAUCUUCCCACCCAUGUGCUGAAUCCUUCCCUGCUCAUUUUUCACAUACUUCCCAAUACAAGUACACACACAGCUUUUGAGAAUGUCUCCACUCAUUUACUUUUCUUUCUGUCCUGCACGAACCUUUUCCUGCUAAAAUAACACACGCAGAUCCUGCCCUAUUCACAUACCAUAACUCUUAUCCACCUAUGAGUACAUACAUCUCCACAUGCAACAUCCCUCCACUACCCACAUGUGGGGGGGCCUGACAGCUGAAUGGACCAGGUAUCAAACAGGACCGCGCUUCGGAUUCGUAAUCCUGAGGUUCCAGGUUCGAUCCCCCUGUGGAGGCUGGUAAUUUAAUGGGUAAUUUCUGUCUCCCUGAUGAGCCUGUUCACCUAGCAGUAAAUAGGUACCUGGAAGUUAGACAGCUGCUAUGGGGUGCUUCCUGGUGGUGUGUAACAAAAAAGGAGGCCUGGUCGAGGACCAGGCCGCGGGGACGCCAAGCCCCGAAAUUAUCUCAAGAUCCUCAAGAUAGCAUCCCUCCACUAUCCACAUGCAGCAUCCCUCCACCACCCAUAGGAUGCAUCUUUUUCCACUCAUGUGCCAUAUACAGGUGGGGCCUACACUUAUCUUCCUAACCCUUUUCAAUAAUGAAACUUACCUCAUCCUUUCCAAGCACCACAUCUCUGUUCACUUGUCCACUGUAUAUUCUCUCACCCAUGUACCACAUUCUUUCCACAGGUACUAGGUAUUGCCUUGUAUACCAUGUUCUACCCUCUCAGUGUACCAGAGUCCUCUGGAGUAAAACUGAUGUCUGUUUCACAA